AAUUCAAGAAACGGAUAUCAAAACCACCACGAACGAGCAAACUAUAUUCCUCAAGGAAUCAGCAACUUCCCUUCUCUUUUUCCGUUACACUAUACUCAGACUUAUCCACUCACCUUCUGACAGUUUCUCAGUCAAACCCCCUCCGUCCCCGCAUGAGCCUGCACCGGAUAGAACACCGGCUCGGGCCUCUUCAUCGUCGAGUCGUCGGCGGUCGUUUGAUGGUAGUACGGCGACUGCCCGUACUGCGCCGCCACCGCCUGCUGCGUCUGAUACUGCACGUAUUGCUGCUGUUGCUGAAACUGCUGGGCGCGGAUCGCAUCCUCCUUCUUCUCGCGCUUGCGGUCCCGUCGAUACUUGAUGAGGAAGUAAAUGACGCAUCCGACGAAGAUGCAGAAGAGGAUGGGAAUGAUGAUGACCUUGCCGAUGAUCUUGGCGACGCCCAUGAUGUGGACUGGUCCCAGGUGCUGUCCCGGGCUGGUUGGGUACAGAUGGCUUUAAAGGUUGUUUAUAUGGAUCUGAUGAUCAAAAUGGCUGACGUGCGCAGAGGCUCGGAGUUGUGCUUGUGCUCAGAGUUAGAGAUGCAUCCGCUCGGUCGGGGACACUGGUUAUAUCCCCUUUCCCUUGAGUCAACUCCAACUUCCAUCGCUAGGCAAUCAUAUUCUGGAGGCCUGGCAGGGAUGGCUCUGGAGUCCGCCAACGAGAUCGCAUGCUAGUCUUGCUGCUGGGCGCUAUACUCCAGGGUGUGAUUCGACAGGUUCGAUGUGGGUGAGGAGUGAGGGGAGCCAGACAUCGACUAUGCGGGCGAUGGCUGAUACAUCACAGACGA